AUGGCCACGUUAUCAUUAAAAGAGAAGAAAAACACGAACGAGAAUGGUGUGAUUAUCAAAUAUUACGUUGAAUCAGUGAAAAAUCGUUCCAUGAAGAAAACAAAACCGAACGAAUAUCUUAGAAAGGAAGAAAAGCAUGGCUACGAAUAUGAUCGUCGUGCUCAGCUUCUUGCUCAUUCUCGAUAUCUUAGAAAUCCAACGUCAGAAACGGUUUCGUUACCUGUUAUACAAUCAAGACCUAAACCUAAAAGCAAGUUUAUAUCGUAUCAACCGGUUCGAAUCUGCUCGUGCUCGGCGUCAAUGGAGACUGUUCCGAGCUUAACUAUCCGGAGCAGAAAUGAACUCAAGGAGAAAAAACAAGAUGACCUAUCUGAGAAGAGAAAGUUUAAUGAAAAAUACUCUCCCAGGGUUUUGGGUAAAAUGAAUAGCCUGUGGAAGCAACUGUCAUGCAAAGAAAUAUAA